CUGGCUUAUAAAGCAAGUGUAGAGGCAAAUUGAUGAACUGUCUCAGCCAUCCCAGAAUUAUGACUUGUUGGUCUGGGCAAAAAUCAGGGAGGAUGGAGUGUGGAAACAAAAAGGUGGUAAUUUUCCAGUUUGAAAGCAUUCUGCUUUCCACAGCAAAUACUUAAUUUAGGAAAAAAUGGCUGUCUUCCCCCACGAACAGUACAGCAGAAAAAUUUCAGCUUCCUUUGAAAGUUUGUGACAGAAGUGGAUUGAAAUUAUGCAAAAGAGCAGAACUGACAGGAUUUCUGUUAACCAGGUUAAUAGUGAAGUUAUUGUGAGUCUUUUGGAAAAGAUGAAUUCAGCAACAACAUGAACUAUGUGUUACAAAAUUCAUCCAAUUCAGCGUGGAACUGCCUAUAUCACAGUACUUACACAAGAACUACAGGCAAACAAACAGGUACAGAAUAUUUCUUGUGGUUCAGAAAGUCAAAAUAUCAGUCCCAAUCCUCUGCAGAUGUUUAUAUAGUACCACAGCACUGGUAGCUGUAUUUUCAACCCACCUAACUUUUCACUUAACACUUGCUCCAUGAAAGGACUAAAGGGAAGAAGCUGGUUGAUAAGAGGAUCCAGAGCCACAAGAAAAACCCGGGAUAUUUCCUCUCGAUGGACUUCCAAGAUCUCUGGAGCAUAGAGACUGGGAGGAAACUUGCUGAGAGGGAAUGGGAAAAAAAAACCAGUUAAAUAUUCUCAGUAGCAUUUUCAGUAAUAUUACUUUUUUCUAAAAGAACUACGAAGGAGUAAGUUUAUUAUUUCCUUGUUCCUGUGAAAUAAAAGAAAAGGCUCCUCCAUUUUAUAAUAUCUGUUAUAGUCCAAGAGCUACAACUCUGCAUUCAGCUUUUAAACUUAGCAUCACAAUCCAAUAUUUUACUAAACCUUGAAAGAAAACCUUACAAACUCACAAAAAAGGCAUGAAAAUACGUAACAUCUAUCAGAAGAAACAAAUCACAAAAGUCAAGUAAAAAAGAAAAGCCAACACAAUUUGACAGUCAUAAAUGUAACAUUACUGAUUUAACACAUGACACUAAAAAGGUACCACAAUUUCUUUGAAGAGAGAAAACCUUGGGCAAUAAAAAAAAAUAAAGAACCAAGAGGAGAAUAAUACAAAAGAGAUCAUGAAAUGAAAACCUUCUACUCUCGCAGCUUAUAAAGUGACUGUAAAAAUGCUGCCUUGCUACUCAAAAAUCCUCUCCAGUUUCCCUGAGUGAAUAAAAGUUUACAACCUUGCACUUGAGAAAGAUCUACAAGGUAAGUAAAGCUAAAAGAGGAAACUCAUAAAAAAAUAUCCCCCCAAUCUUGCAGUGAAACACGCAGCGAACUCAGGUGCACAUCACACCACAGAACGUGGUUUGAAUUCCAAAAGAAGGGCUGAAAUCAGCCCUCGGAUUUCAGAGGGUAAACUAUGAUUAGUAGAAAGCCCAUGUUCCCUUAUUCUUCCCCAGCACUGCAGCAAACAGAAAGAAGAGUGAUAAACCACAGUGAUAAACCCCUUGCAGACCGUUGUUCUAUGAACAAAACAUUAAAAGAGUAUUUGCUUCUAGGAGAACCAGAGUCCCCUUGUGAGAUUUCACAGGAUUAUAAACACACAGUAAAGCUAAGAAAAAUUUCAGGAUCCUUUGUUUCUGAUGCCCUCUUUUUCCAGGAUGAAUGUUUCCAUACUUUGUCUUAAAAGUAGAAAUGAUCUGUCACAUGUCACUACUGACACCUGCAUUUAGUGUUGGAUUUUUUUGUUUCUGCAUAUUCUACACAUAAUUUGUUAAGAAAUGUUGACAUAAGUAGUUUCAACAAAGUUAAUGGUUUGUCAAUAUGGGACAUGCACAGCACUGAUCAAGAAUGGGAUUAAGGUGACUAUAUCACACAAAAAUGCUUAAUUCAUUAAAAAAUAUUUUUGUUUUCCAUCCAUGAAAAAAAGGUGACAACAGCUUUGAAACAAGAACUGUAUUUCUGUAUCUCAGAAUACUUUAGCUUUAAGAAGGCAGUAAAGAGAUGUUAUUAAGAUACUAUCAAUAAUCAAUUAUUUGUACUUGACAUACCUGUAUAUCUGAAGAAAGAGCUGAUGUAACUGAGAACAGCAGUCAGAGAAGUAAGCAAGGAAUUCCUGCAAAAGCCAUUAAUUUUGAAUGGUACUUUCAACAUAAAAUACAUCAUUAAUUACACUUUUUGUUCUCUUAUACUGCUGUGUAAAGUACUAAACUGCAAAAAUUGUUUAAGUUCUAAGAAUCCACAGCACAAAGCAAGAGCAAAGCAAACGAUAAACAAAGUAACAACAAUAAACAACAGUAUCCAUUUCUUCUUAUUAAUGCCACAUCCAAUUCAAUGCUUCAGACAACCAACAAUUCUGGAAACUCAGCCGCUCUGGCCAUAAAGAUGGACAUCUCCUACCAACUCCAUGGUGAUAUUGCAUGAAGCAGUUUAUUAUAUUUGUUUUUCUGGGAAAUCCCUGCUUAGGCUUGGGAGAAUAUAAAGGUGGAAGAACUACAAGCAGGUUACUGGAUGUUAAUUACGGAUGUUAAUUAUCCUGCCCAUAUGGGAUAGCCAUAAAUUGUUAAGAUAUUAUGCAGUACAAAGUUAUUCCAUCUGCAGACCAGGGGCUUGAACUUAAUCCUAACACAGGCUUCAAGUACAGAACCUACCUUGGUGUAGUGUACAAGGGAAUUAGCAAAGAACCUGCACAGUUUGACUGUCUUCUGGAAUAGCCUUAAGUCAGUGCCCUCCUGUGCAAAAGAAGCAGUUCUGAAAGUUAAUAUACAGAGUAAUACAAUAAAAAAGGAAGUUAGAUUGCUAACAAUGUUCAAAACCUAUUUCACAUUUGAUUCUCUACAGACUCUGCAGCUAAGGGGGAAAAACUUUAAAAAUAUUCAUUAUGCCUCAACAUUUUUAGAGCAGUAUGCAGAAUUGGAAGGUUAUCUUUUGAUUGACCUUGGGAUAUUGUCAGUUCAGGAAGUAAAUUCUCACAGAGUAUGGUGAAAACUUAGGUGUCUCACAAAACAUCCUCAGUCUAAAUAAAGUGAUGGGCCUCACUUUCACGUGGUUUCAAAAGAAUAAGGUAUUCUGCCCACCACAUGAAACAAAGAAAACCCAAAAAACCAAACCCAAACUACUCCAAGCAAUAAUACAGCACAAAGAGUUUAUCCUCCUCAAGUUCACUGUCAGCUUUGGGAGCUUUUUAACUCACCUGUAUCUCUGACACCUUCAUUUGCUCAGCCAGUUGCAAACAGGAGUCAAAAGACAGAAGAGUGUCCUUGCACAGGCCCCCCAGGAUGUCGCUGUGUUUCAGAUGGCACCGCAGCAGGGAGUGAUGCUUCAGGCUUUGCCUGCAAGGCUUUUGUACAACACUGAUUGGUGCAAUAUCUCUGUACACUGAAAACAGAAACUCAGAGAGAACAACCCUCUCCACAGCUGUGACUGAAACAGAGGAGAGGCAGGAUGAAAGCACAAGACAGUCAACGAAGCCAAAAAUGUCUACAAAAUUGCAGAGGGAAUUAUUGUUGCAUCUCAAAGUCCAAAUCUGAAAAUGACAGAUGUUACUUGAAGCCAACAUAGAGAUGCCAGUCUCCAUUUUCAAUCCACUCUGGAAUUUGCACAGAAGUAAGGUUUACUCGCCCGAACGGCGGGAGGCUGAAGGAUGAGCGAGUCCCCGCACCCCCCGCAGCCCCGCCGGGAAGGAUAUGAGGAGCCGGGGCAGGACGGCGGGCAGCUCCCGGCGGCACAGCUCCCAGUCCCAGCCGCCCAGCUCCCGCAGGAGCAGCUCGGGGUCCGUCUGGGACAUGGUGGCCGCGCUCCCCUCAGGAACGGGCAGGGCGGGAAAGUUCCCCCGCCAUCCCAGGAGCCCCCGCGCGUCAGGAAGCGGAAGCGGCUCCACGUGGGAGAAGCGGAGGGAGAUCCCGCCCGGCACCCGCGGCAGUAAUUUACCUGGCUAUUGGCAAAACAUCUGAUACACCACCUGCAAAGUACAAAGUACUCUUUCCUGCAGCAGUACAGACGUAAAAAUAUCCCCUACAAAAAGACAAGAGCCAGAAGAAAAAAAAAAAAAACAACCACCUUUGUAUCAGCCUUGCUGUUAAAUGAGUGUUUCUGGCUGUAAUAAAUUAAGCUGACAUUUUUAAACUGUUAUUCCUGAAAAUGGAUUUUCGAUUUAAUUUUGAUAUUGAUGAAAAUGAGAACAGUGAAGCAGACACUCACUUCUUACUGCUGGGCUCUCCAAAACACAAGCAGGAACCCGUGGAACAGAGCAGGAAAGCUGCCGAUGCUGGACCAGGCUCCAUCCCAAGGCCAGGUGCUGCAAAGCACCAGGAUGAGGCACCAAAGACAAAGCACUGUGUGAAAGCUGCCAAGGAGCACAUUAUACCUGGAGAUCUCAACAAAAUAUUGGAAAACAAAGUAAUGGAAACAGUAUUGGACCUGUAUCAUGUAAAGGUGUCUGUACUGGAAAUGACGUGUUCGGGUGACGCCGACAGCGAAGGCAUCGUGUCCAAAAGUGUCUCUUCUCACUCUGAUCUCAUCCCAGGAGUCUAUGAAGGAGGACUGAAAAUCUGGGAAUGCACCUUUGACCUCAUGGACUACUUUUCUGAGGCUGAAAUACAGUUUACCAACAAGACUGUAUUGGAUCUUGGCUGCGGGGCUGGAUUGCUGGGCAUAGUUGCCUUAAAAGGUAAAGCUGAAAGAGUCCAUUUUCAGGACUACAACAGCACAGUGAUCAAGGAAAUAACCCUGCCUAACGUGGUGGCCAACUGUGUAAGUGAAGGCACUAGUGGAAAGGACAGAAAAACCAGGAAACCUCCUGCCAAGAGGCCCAGGAAAGCAGAGGGCUCACCUGAUGUGCUCACCAAAUGCAGAUUUUUUUCUGGAGAGUGGUCUGAAGUCACCCAGCUCCUGUUAAGCAGCAACAAACCCUUUUCAAAGUACGAUAUAAUUCUCACAUCUGAGACCAUCUAUAAUCCUGAUUAUUACAGUGCUUUGCAUGAUACGCUGGCUCAGCUCUUGGAUAAAAAUGGCCGUGUGUAUUUGGCAAGCAAAGUGCAUUAUUUUGGGGUUGGUGGUGGUAUCUACCUCUUUCAGAAAUUCAUUGAAGAGAGAAAUGUGUUUAGAACCAGUAUAAUUAAAACCAUUGAUCAGGGACUGCAGCGAUGCAUUAUGGAAAUGGCCUUUAAAGAUUCCAGUUAAAAUGCAACCCCUAGUCU